UUGUCGGUUUUAGAGAUUCGUAUAGUCGAGAGGGAAAAAAAAAUAGAUAAUGGCAGCAUCAGAAGGAAGAGUCAUCCGCUGUAACACAGUCGAUGCAUGGAACCAGCAAAUUCAGAAGGGCAAUGGUUCUCAGGAACUGAUAGUUGUGGAUUUUACUGCAUCAUGGUGCGGACCAUGUCGGUUCAUUGGACCUUUUCUAGACGAGCUUGCUCAUAAAUGUCCCAGCGUCACAUUUCUCAAGGUGGAUGUGGAUGAUCUGGAGUCGGUAGCUAAAGAUUGGGGGGUGGAGGCAAUGCCUACUUUCAUGUUCCUGAAAGAGGGAAGAAUUGUGGACAAGGUGGUGGGAGCUAAGAAGGAAGAACUGCAGCAGACUGUAUUCAAGCACAUGGCGGCUACUGCUUCGGUUUGAUGAUAUUCAUAGAACAUAAAGAACUUAAAUUACACUAUGAAACCGCUAUAAUUUUCUAUACUUCUUUUAUCAACUCCUAUCUGCUCGCUUUGUUGUUAGAACAUGGUAUUGGUAGUAUAUUCUCCCUUUUGAAGUGGUUUUUAUUUUUAUUGUUUGUCUUUUCUUCUUUCUGUAAGUUUAGAAAAACAUUGGUAAUGCUUCAUUUGUAUAACUGAGGACCUCAUAUUCAAUGAGCUAGCUAUGUUUGAACUCGUGAACACCAAUUUCUCCAUGAAGCUGAAAGAAAAAAGCCCAUUUCUGUAGGAGAAAGGUUUGUUUAAUAUAUGUUAUGGAUUGCUCUGAA